AUGGAGCGCAUCUUAGGAGCCACCGGUCGAGGACUAACCUCACCACGAACGCCACGACCAGCCCACUGGCAGCCCAAUGCUGCUAUUGAAUCAGCCAGACUUGCCUCUCGAGAAGGAGAUUGGCACCUUGCUGGAGGAACUGGAACCACUAUUACUAGCAGCAGGACCAGGAAUGGUGGCAGAGCCACUGGUGGCGCCGGCAUGGAAGGAAGGCAGCUUUUUGAUGCUGAGGAUGGUGCAGAAGAAGAGAAGAAAGAUGACGAAGCAGACGAACAAAAUGAAGAAUAG